AUGGAUGCAAGUGAGCUGAAAUGCCUUGUGGGAUUUGUAGCUCGAACCUCGCUCAGUCAGAUGAGUACUUUAGUAAUUGCGAUGACUGAACCACUUUGACAGUAAUGACAAAUUGUUUGCGAAUUUCAGUGUAACUCAAACAAUCUUCAAAGUAAUGGGAUUAGCUUGGGAAAGUUAUUGAGAACCAGUUAGCAUGAGGCAGCAGCCAGCCAGGCAGCGCUGCGUCACCCGUUGAAGUGAAUAGUCUGUUCCACCCAGUCUUGUUCCAGCUUGUCUCACACUCUUUAAUUCCCCUCUUUGUUGUGUCAUAAGUCUUUCCCAUCCAUGGCCACAACACAUUGACUUCAAUGGUUGAAUGUUUGGAAACAAUGGGAACAUUUGGGAAUUUGGUAGACUGUGUGUGUAGGUCUGUGUGUGUGUGUCUUAGUGUUGUCAAGGUGGGUUUAGGAAGGCAUGGCUGUUUGAAGUAUAGUGUUGGUCGUCUGACAGGAAAGUGUUGUGCGGAUAGUAGGUCUAGUUGGUGAGUAGGGGAGAUGAGGGGUGGCCAAAUGUUGACUCUGUUUCAUCCAAAAAAGGUGCAAAAUAAAAAGAUAGCUUUAUGAGGUGUUGUAAAGAAGAAAGGCUGCCUUGCAUGUAGGCCGGUGAAUGAGAGGGGCAAUCCCUCACACAUCACUCUUCCUAUCGGGAGAUUUCACAUGCUGGAUAAGAGGUAGCCUAUCGAAAACCGUCAUCAUGUAACCAUGAGGCCAAGAGGAUAUUAACCACAGGUAAUUACUAUUACCCCCCCACCACCCUCCACACAGAGAAGCCCUGCCUUCCUGUCUCUGUUAGGAGAAAAACAUAUGGGAGUAAAUAUUACAUUAAAAAAACUGCAUCAGAUUCUGCACAGUUGUAUUUAUAGAGUUAGCAUUUACAAUAGUAAAACAUUAAGGUUUUCUGAGUGCGAUGAUUGCACAAACUCCGCUGUAGGUGAACUUGCUGCGUUAUGCUCCACAUUAUCUGUCAGUGUGUGUGUGUGUGUGUGUGUGUGUGUGUGUGUGUGUGUGUGUAUGUAUGUGUGUGUGUGUGUGUGUGUGUGUGUGUGUGUUUGCUGUAUAGUCCACGGCUGUGUGUCGUUCUAGUAAGGGUGUGAUAAUUCCUCCCAGAUUGUGUGUGCGCAUGCACUGGUGUGCGCUCAUGUGUUUGUGUGUGACCCCCUCUUGCCUGUGCGUUUGGUGUUGCUGUUUUUAUGGAGCCAUCUCCUGGACAGUAGCCUGGUUUUAUCACAGCCUUUCCUUUCAAAGAGGCUCCCAAUGACAGGAAGGACUCCUCCUCCCAACAGGGCAGGAAGGCUGGAGGGGUGAGAGAGGUACAGAGGGGGAGGGAUAUGGGACAGGCCAGGCAGGGGAAGGGAGGUGAGGGAGGAGGGGGGAGGAGGGGUGUUGCAGGUAUUAAACUGAAGACAGCUGAUGAAAGGAAGUGCCACUGUUCCACAUUUGACUGAAAUCUCAUCCCCCCCCCCGCAUGCACAUGCACGCACGCACACAGCACACACACAUACACAGUCAGCAUAUCCUCUCCUGGGGUUCAGGCCUAUCUUUUUCCUAUAGAUUAUCUGUACAAAUAGGCCUAUAACCAUCCAUUAACCUCUACGGGAUCGGUGUCCCAUAUACGGGACAGUUGAGCUAACGUGCGCUAAUGUGAUUAGCAUGACUGUUGUAAGUAACAGCAAACUUUCCAGGACAUAGACAUGUCUUAUAUGGGCAGAAAGCUUACAUUAUUGUUAAUCUAACUGCACUGUCCAAUUUACAGUAGCUAUUACAGUGAAUAAAUACCAUGCUAUUAUUUGAGGAGAGUGCACAACAACUGUCACGCCCUGACUCAGGGGACGCUUAUAUGUUGAGUCAGGGUGUGCAUAUUCCUUGUUGUGCUUGUUCUAUGUAUGAGGAUCUAGUAUGUCUAGUUCUAUGUUGGCCGGUGUGGUUCCCAAUCAGAGGCAGCUGUCGCUCGUUGUCUCUGAUUGGGGACCAUACUUAAGCAGCCUAUUGGCACUGUCUAGUUGUGGGAUCUUGUUCCUUGUAAGGUAUGUUGUGUGUUCUACCUUGGACUUCACGUUUAGUUUUGGUUUGUUAUUUUGUCAUGGGUUUAUAAAUCAACAUGUACGUAUAUCACGCUGCACCUUGGUCUGACCCGUCAUUCAACGAACAUGACAGAAGAUCCCACCAAACGAGGACCAAGCAGCGUGCCCAGGAGGAGCGAAUAGCCAUGUCACAGGUGGCCGAUUUGUGGUCAUGGGAAGAUAUAUUUGCGGGGAAAGGACCAUGGGCUAAGGUAGAUGCCCAGGCAGGAGAGGAGCAACGGCAACACGGAGGAGGCCGGUCGAGGAGGAAGCCCGAGAAGCAGCCCCAAUAACAUUUUUUGGGGGGGGGCACACAGGGGUGGUUGGCGGAGCCUAGGGUUAGAGCAGAGCCAACUCCCCGUACUCACGCGAAGAGGCGUAUGACUGGGCAAGCUCCGUGUUAUGCGGAGCUACGUACUGUGUCGCCAGUGCGCCGGCACAGUCCUGUACGUCCUGUGCUUGCACCACGCACGUGCUGUGCGAAGAUGGGCAUCCAGCCAGGACGGGGUGUGCCGGCUCAACGCUCCUGGUCUCCAGUAUGCCUCCUCGGUCCCGCAUAUCCUGCGCCAGUUCUACGAACUGUAUCGCCAGUGUGCGUGCACAGCCCAGUGCGUCCUGUGCCAGCGCCCCGCACGUGUAGUGCGAAAGUGGGCAGCCAGCCAGGACUGGUUGUGCCAGCUCUCCGCUCCAGACCUCCAGUCCGCCUUCACAGUCCGGUCCGGCCCGUUCCUACUCCUCGCACCAAGCCAGUGGUGCGCGUCGCGAGUCCGGCCCGGCCUGUUCCGGCUCCUCGCACCAAGCCAGUGGUGCGCGUCGCCAGCCCGGCCCGGCCUGUUCCUGCUCCUCGCACCAAGCCAGUGGUGCGCGUCGCCAGUCCGGCCCGGCCUGUUCCUGCUCCUCGCACCAAGCCAGUGGUGCACGUCGCCAGCCCGGACCGGCCUGUUCCUGCUCCUCGCACCAAGCCAGUGAUGCGCGUCGCCAGUCCGGCCCGGCCUGUUCCUGCUCCUCGCACCAAGCCAGUGGUGCGCGUCGCCAGCCCGGCCCGGCCUGUUCCUGCUCCUCGCACCAAGCCAGUGGUGCGCGUCGCCAGCCCGGCCCGGCCUGUUCCUGCUCCUCGCACCAAGCCAGUGGUGCGCGUCGCCAGUCCGGCCCCGCCUGUUCCUGCUCCUCGCACCAAGCCAGUGGUGCGCGUCGCCAGUCCAGCCCGGCCCGUACCUGCUCCUCGCACCAAGCCAGUGGUGCGUGUCGCCAGUCCGGCCCGGCCCGUUCCUGCUCCUCGCAGCAAGCCAGUGGUGCGCGUCGCCAGUCUGGCCCGGCCCGUUCCUGCUCCUCGCACCAAGCCAGUGGUGCGCGUCACCAGUCCGGCCCUGCCUGCUCCUCGCACCAAGCCAGUGGUGCGCGUCGCCAGUCCGGCCCGUUCCUGCUCCUCGCACCAAGCCAGUGGUGCGCGUCGCCAGUCCGGCCCGGCCCGUUCCUGCUCCUCGCACCAAGCCAGUGGUGCGCGUCGCCAGUCCGGCCCGGCCCGUUCCUGCUCCUCGCACCAAGCCAGUGGUGCGCGUCGCCAGUCCAGCCCGUUCCUGCCCCUCGCACCAAGCCAGUGGUGCGUGUUCCUAGUCCGGCCCGGCCCGUGCCUGCUCCUCGCUCCACUCCGGAGCCAGAGCAGUCCGCUCCACCGUUGCCUGAUCCAGCUCCGGUCAGCGGCUCCACUCCGGAGCCAAAGCAGUCCGCUCCACCGGUGCCUAGUCCGGCUCCGGUCAGUGGCUCCAGUCUAGACCAUGACGUCAGCCCCUCUCCAGGUUCGGGGUCUCCCACACCAGGGUCCAGACAGGGCCUGGCGUAUCGUGGGAGGAAGGAGAGGGGAAGCAACGUGCCGAGGUCUAGACCAGACCAGGGGCGCAACAGGGAGGCGGAGAAUGAGAGGUCGUCACACCCCGAGCCGGAUCCGCCUCCGAGGCGGAAUGCCCACCCGGCCCCUACCCUGUUAUGUUUAUGUUGUGCGGUCGGAGUCCGCACCUUUGGGGGGGGGGGGGGUACUGUCACGCCCUGACUCAGGGGACGCUUAUAUGUUGAGUCAGGGUGUGUAUAUUCCUUGUUGUGCUUGUUCUAUGUAUGAGGAUCUAGUAUGUCUAGUUCUAUGUUGGCCGGUGUGGUUCCCAAUCAGAGGCAGCUGUCGCUCGUUGUCUCUGAUUGGGGACCAUACUUAAGCAGCCUAUUGGCACUGUCUAGUUGUGGGAUCUUGUUCCUUGUAAGGUAUGUUGUGUGUUCUACCUUGGACUUCACGUUUCGUUUUGUUAUUUUGUUGUAGGUUUAUAAGUUAAUAAACAUGUACAUAUAUCACGCUGUGCCUUGGUCUGACCCGUCAUUCAACGAACGUGACAACAACAAAAAACUUAUCACGGCAACUGGUUUGAUACAUUCACCUCUGAAGGUAAAUAAUGGACUUACAUUCAGUAAUCUUGCUCUGAUUUGACAUCCUAAGGGUCCCAGAGAUAAAAUGUAGUGUAGUUUUGUUUGAUAAAAUCAAUUUUUAUAUUCAAAUGUAGGAACUGGGUUCUACAGUUUGAACCCCUGCUGUCUCUGGCUGCACACCCACCCCGCCCGGCCAUCUAGAUGUGUGAAAGUUAGUGUAUAAGCUAAUGAUCCAUCAUGUAUGACAUUCCUGGGAGUGUGUAAACUUACAUUUUGUAUUACCAUAUUUUUGUAUGUUCUCUAUAGUUAUGUACUUGAAAAUGUAUCAGUUGUCCAAUUCGGCACAUUUGGGCAGACUUGAUACAAAAUAGUCCAGAGGUUAAAUCAUUUCAUACAUUCAUACUGCCCACAGCAUGCUUAGUUCAAAGAGUGAGUGGUAAUGGUAGAGGAUAUGGGUUUGAAGACACACAUGGGAUUAUUUUUCCUGUUUGUUGGUAUGUACCGGAUGGGAUGACUGUUAAUGUAGUCUCCAUUUUCUCCCUCAGAUCAGGCUUUAGGUGGUGUGUGUGUUGUUCUCCUGUUUCAUACUGAAAGUCACACUGAAAACCGCUACACACAUUUCAACAUGUUCAUACGUUGAAGCCAGCCCACACUCACACACAUUCACAAACACACACACAUUCCACAGCACACUCCAGAACAUUUUGUGAGGCGAGAAGUUAUGUAAAAGGUAAAUUUGCUAACCAAAUUAGUCUUUGGAGACCUGACAGCACCAUAGAUUGGAGCAUGGCCAAGUUAAAACUGAGCGCUUACAGUCUUGUACUGAGAUAAUAAUGUUGCCACAACAGAAAUGUCUAGAAAAUGCCAUUGCAUAUUGAUAAUUAGAACUACAUAACGUCAUGGGACCUGACCAGGGGAAACUACUAUUAUGUAUUUACCAGGUAUAACUAGGACAUGGAGUUUUUCCUGGUCAGAUCACUUGGUCAGGAAAAACUACUGCCCCUAGAACUAUUUUGUUGAUCAUCCAAAAUGUGCCUCUUGUAAGGAUUAUUAGAGAAAAAUACAAGGGAAGGCAAACGUAGACAAAAUCACAAGGCCACUUUAAGAAAUAUAGACUUGUGUAGAUACUCCAUAGUAACAUCCAUCGGAGAGGGUCUGUCAGCCCCCUAUUCUGGCUGAAGCCCAACCCUGAGACGUCUGAGCUGCUCCUCAGGCGAUGUGUCACACUGUCGCCCACACAACCACGCUGAAGACAGCGAAUGAAUGGAGCCCUUCAUCAUGGCAUACAUUCAACACGCUGUGUGUGUGUGUGUGUGUGUGUGUGUGUGUGUGUGUGUCCCCACAAGAAUAGUAAACAAAAUGUUUUUGGACCAACUGGGGACAUUUUGCCAGUACCCACAAGGAAAAAGCGUUAGGGUCAGGAUUAUAAUUAUAUUAGGGUUAGAAUUAGGGUUAGGGUUUAAAGGUUAGGGUUAGGGCUAGGGCUAGGGGUUAGGGCUGGGGUUAAGGUUAGGGUAAGGGUUAGGGGUUAAGGAAAAUAUUACUUUGAAUGGGACUAAAUGUGUCACCUCCCCACAAGGUUAGUGAAACAAGCAGUGGUGUAAAAAGUACUCAAAGUCAUACUUGAGUAAAAGCAAAAAUACCUUAAUAGAAAAUGACUCAAGUAAAAGUGAAAGUCACACAGUAAAAUACUACUUGAGUAAAAGUCUAAAAGUAUUUAGUUUUAAAUAUACUUAAGUAUCAAAACUAAAUGGAAAAGUAUAAAUAAUUUAAACUUCCUUAUAUUAAGCAAACCAGAUGGCACAAUUUUAUUGUUUUCUUUUUAUUGACGGAUAACCAGGGGCACACUCCAACACUCAGACAUAAGUUAAAAACGAAGCAUUUGUGUUUAGUGAGUCCGCCAUAUCAGAGGCAGUAGGGAUGACCAGGGAUGAUCUCUUGAUAAGUGUGUGAAUUAGACCAUUUUCCUGUCAAAAUGUAACGAGUACUUUUGGGUGUUAGGGAAAAUGUAUGGAGUAAAAAGUACAUUAUUUUCUUUAGGAAUGUAGUGAAGUAAAAGUAAAAGUUGCCAAAAAUAUCAAUAGUAAAGUAAAGUACAGAUACCCCAAAAAACUACUUAAGUAGUACUUUCAAGUAUUUUUACUUAAGUACUUUACACCACAGGAAACAAGACUGUGUAUGUGUGUGUGUGUGUGUGUGUGUGCGUGUGCUUGCGCGCGCAUGCUGGAUAUUUCUCACCUCUAGAUCCAUGUGACAUACAGUAACCUCCGUAAAUUGGUUAGCAUGUCUUGGGGGUAUGAUAUUUGUGUGUCUGUAACUUUCUCACUCAUCAUUAUUCACGAUUCAUUUAAGAUUAUCCAUAAUCAUGGUAGCAUCCACAUUAAUGUGGAAGUGUUUAGAAACAUAUUCUAUUCUUAUAUACAAUAAAAGUGACUCCAAAAUGACACAAUACAUAAUUUACCAUUAUUUUCUAUUGGGCACAAAAUAAUCUGAAACAUAACCAAAACAAACAGCAAAUGCAUCCAACAAAUGUGUAGAGUAGUCAUUGAAUGCUAUGAAUAUGAGACCAAAUACUUUUAACUACUUUAAUGCACAUACAGUUGAAGUCGGAAGUUUACAUACACCUUAGCCAAAUACAUUUAAACUCCGUUUUUCACAAUUCCUGACAUUUAAUUCCCUGUCUUAGGUCAGUUAGGAUCACCACUUUAUUUUAAGUAUGUGAAAUGUCAGAAUAAUAGUAGAGAGAAUGAUUUAUUUCAGCUUUUUAUUUCUUUCAUCACAUUCCCAGUGGGUCAGAAGAUUACAUACACUCAAUUAGUAUUUGGUAGCAUUGCCUUUAAAUUGUUUAACUUGGGUCAAACGUUUCGGGUAGCCUUCCACAAGCUUCCCACAAUAAGUUGGGUGAAUAUUGGCCCAUUCCUCCUGACAGAGCUGGUGUAACUGAGUCAGGUUUGUAGGCCUCCUUGCUCGCACACGCUUUUUCAGUUCUGCCCACAAAUGUUCUAUAGGAUUGAGGUCAGGGCUUUGUGAUGGCCACUCCAAUAUCUUGACUUUGUUGUCCUUAAGCCCUUUUGCCACAACUUUGGAAGUAUGCUUGGGGUCAUUGUCCAUUUGGAAGACCCAUUUGCGACCAAGUUUUAACUUCCUGACUGAUGUCUUGAGAUGUUGCUUCAAUAUAUCCACAUAAUUUUCCUUCCUCAUGAUGCCAUCUAUUUUGUGAAGUGUACCAGUCCCUCCUGCAGCAAAGCACCCCCACAGCAUGAUGCUGCCACCCCGUGUUUCAUGGUUGGGAUGGUGUUCUUCGGCUUGCAAGCGACCCCCUUUUUCCUCCAAACAUAACGAUGGUAAUUUUGGCCAAACAGUUCUAUUUUUGUUUCAUCAGACCAGAGGACAUUUCUCCAAAAAGUACGAUCUUUGUCCUCAUGUGCAGUUGCAAACCGUAGUCUGGCUUUUUUAUGGCGGUUUUGGAGCAGUGGCUUCUUCCUUGCUGAGUGGCCUUUCAGGUUAUGUCGAUAUAGGACUCGUUUUACUGUGGAUAUAGAUACUUUUGUACCUGUUUCCUCCAGCAUCUUCACAAGGUCCUUUGCUGUUGUUCUGGGAUUGAUUUGCACUUUUCGCACCAAAGUACGUUCAUCUCUAGGAGACAGAACGCGUCUCCUUCCUGAGCGGUAUGACAGCUGCGUGGUCCCAUGGUGUUUAUACUUGCGUACUAUUGUUUGUACAGAUGAACGUGGUACCUUCAGGCAUUUGGAAAUAGCUCCCAAGGAUGAACCAGACUUGUGGAGGUCUACAAUUUUUUUUUCAAAUUAUGUCAAUUAGCCUAUCAGAAGCUUCUAAAGCCAUCACAUCAUUUUCUGGAAUUUUCCAAGCUGUUUAAAGGCACAGUCAACUUAGUGCAUGUAAACAUCUGACCCACUGGAAUUGUGAUACAGUGAAUUAUAAGUGAAAUAAUCUGUCUGUAAACAAUUGUUGGAAAAAUUGCUUGUGUCAUGCACAAAGUAGAUGUCCUAACUGACUUGCCAAAACUAUAGUUUGUUAACAAGAAAUUUGUGGAGUGGUUGAAAAAACGAGUUUUAAUGACUCCAACCUAAGUUGACUCCAACCCAACUUCCGACUUCAACUGUAAGUGAAUUUACCCCAAUACUUUUGAUGUCCUAAAAUGGGUGGACUAUGUACAAAAAGUGCUGUAAUUUGUAAACGGUUCACCCGAUAUGGAUGAGAAUACCCUCAAAUUAAAGCUGAUAGUCUGCACUUUAACCUUAUAGUCAUUGUUUGAGUUCAAAUAAUGUAUUUUUAGUGUAGAGCCAAAAUAAGAAAAUUGCUUCACUGUCCCAAUAAUUAUGGAGGGCACUGUAUAUGACAUAUGGAUGAAAAGUUAGCGUAAGGUAUUGACUAAAGCUUCUUCACGGGUCGGCUGUUGUAGCAACCAAACUGUACUAACUCAGGCUAUAGUCUACAUUGACAACAAAAAAAGUAUUGUGUAACUGACAAGCCUGUAUCUACAGUACAUUGAGGUUAAUUCAGAAAUCUAAUAAGUCAAGAAAACGCUUUUGACACCUUGUAGAGUCCAUGCCCCAGCAAAUUCAGUCAAAAACGGGGGACGACACCUUCAGAAGGGGGGACCUUCAGACGACUAUUUUGAGGCCUGUGGGCAUCCUAGAGCAAACCAACAACAUGUACGUGUUCAUGAGAGUCUCCCCUUUCCACAGAGUGGUGUCAAGUGUGUAGUCCAAACGGUUUCGGACGCUACAGACAGAAGUUGGCAGAUCGGCUGUACUGACUUCAGACAAGUCCCAAUUCGCUUGUGGGGGUCAAAGAGUAAACACCAUCGUGUACGUGAGAAUCUCAUCGUUCCAUAGAGGGGUCCUAAUUUGUUUGGGCAAACCGUUUGGACACCAGACGAUUUUGUGAGAAGACCAAUUUUUGGGAUGUCUUAUGGUCUGACAAACACCACUCUAGUUCUGUCACCACCUUUCACCACAGAUGCAGAAGUGCGACAUCGGUGGAUGCGGUGGAUUGAGACGCACCCAAUGCAGAUAUAUCUAACUUAAACUGACAGAUUUGUAUGGGGAUUUUUUAUUAUAUGCUUUCUUGAGUUCUUAGAUUAAUUGUGACUAUUUUGAGGAAGUGCAAAAAACUGGCUACAGAGUCUCAAGAUGGGCAAACAGUACUAUUGCCGCUUUUUUCUCAUUUUUCAAGCAAAGGUAUUUUAAGGGAGAAUGCCAGCACACUCUUUCGGUUUGCCAAGCCAAACCGAAACAUGCUGAAGGCUUAAGACAGACCUACAGUAUGCUGCAUGGUGGAAAGACAGAGAAAGAGGGGGAUAGAUAGGUGAGAGUGUGAAGCCCAACUGAAGGUAGAAAGUGGUGCAUAUGAGUGACGGGGGGGGGAUUAUGAAGACAAGGGGCCUUGUAGUGGGUUCACCUAACCCCCUCCCUCCCUCCUCUGCACACAGAAGCCAUGGCGAGACAGAGGGGAUUAGGGGUAAAAUGAUAUAUGCCAUUUAGCAGACGCUUUUGAAUGGUGAUGGUUUUGCUGUACCUGCCCUCCACACCACCACCCUUCAUCAGAGCCCAGGCUGACACACGGCACUCAGGACAAGGAUUGUUAUGCUAAUUGAGUCCCAGGCUGAUAAGGAAGGCCUCAGGUUUCACAGGAGCUUUUGUUUUCUAAACAGUGACGUGUCACGCUGAGGAGACAUACUGGAGGAGAGCAGAGCGAGAGAAUAAAGCCCUUUGAAUGAGGGAGAGAGAGAGGGAGAUAGGGGGAGAGCGAAAGAGAGCAAACUGCAGGUAACUAAAGCAACAAAGCGAAAAAGGUGGAAGGAGGUAGAGAGGGGUAGACAAGGAGGGAGAGAGGGAGGUGGGAGAGAGCGAGUGGGAUAAAGUGAGAUGGAGGGAGUGGUGCGGAGUGGAUCUGGUCUAAUUUAUUUUCUGUUGGUAGUCUUAUGGAGGUGUGCUGAGUGAUGUAGUGACAAGCCAUGAGGUGAGCCAUGGGUGAAGAGCAAGAGAGAGAGAGACAGAGAGAUGGAAAAGGAGAGAGGCAUUUUUUCAGGCUUAGGCUCUCUUCCAGUCAGGUGGAUCUGGGAUUGUCCCUCUCUCUUUCUCUGCAUUUCAGUGUACAUAAUAUGUACAUACAGUGCCUUCAGAAAGUAUUCACACCCUUUGACUUCUUACACAUUGUGAUACAGCCUGAAUCAAACAUUUAUUAAAUUUAUAUUUUGUGUCACUGGCCUACACACAAUAACCCAUCAUGUCAAAGUGGAAUUAUGUUUUUAGAAAUGUUGACAAAUUAAUUAAAAAUGAAAAACUGAAAUGUCUUGAGUCAAUAAGUAUUCAACCCCUUUGUUAUGGCAAGCGUAAAUAAGUUCAGGAGUAAAAAUGUGCUUAACACGUCACAUAAUAAGUUGCAUGGACUCACUGUGUGCAAUAAGUGUUUAACAUGAUUUCUGAAUGACUACCUCAUCUCUCUACCCCACACAUACAAUUAUCUGUAAGGUCCCUCAGUCGAGCAGUGAAUGUCAAACACAGAUUCAACCACAAAGACCAGGGAGGUCGUCCUUCCUAACUCAGUCGCCGGAGAGGAAGGAAACCACUCAGGGAUUUCACCAUGAGGCCAAUGGUGACUUUCAAAUCAAAUCAAAUGUUAUUUGUCUCAUGCGCCGAAUACAACAGGUGUAGACCUUACAGUGAAAUGCUUACUUACAAGCCCUUAACCAACAAUGCAGUUUUAAGAAAGAAUCCCCCCCCCCCCCCCCAAAUAAGAAAUAAAAGUAACAAAUAAUUAAAGAGCAGCAGUAAGAUAACAAUAGUAAAAUAACAAUAGCGAGGCUAUAUACAGGGGGUACCGGCACAGAGUCAAUGUGCGGUUUAAACUCUGUAACUUUAAAACAGUUACAGAGUUGAAUGGCUGUGAUAGGAGAAAACAGAGGAUGGAUAAACAUUGUAGUUACUCCACAAUACUAACCUAGUUGACAGCGUAAGAAGGACAUUUCAAAACAUGCAUCCUGUUUGCAAUAAGGCACUAAAGUAAAACUGCAAAAACUUUGUCUCUGACGAGUACAUGAAGAGGCAGGACGCAGACGCAGGAAUUAACAAGGUCAAGGUUUACUUAACAAUGAGAAAGAUAAAUAACAAAGAGAGUAAACGACACAAAGCUUAACAAUCACACACAAAAUCAUACAGAACAGUCCAGGGCUAAAUAGGGGUGGUGAUGAGAUGAGGUGCGCUGGAGGUGAUUAGGGGGCAUUGGGUUUCCAUUCCGGUGUUGCCGAGGUGGUGCGCUCAGACCGGUGGCUCAGUAGACCGGCGAAUCAGAGCGCUGGAGGGGAGCAACGGGAGGAGACGUGACAAUGUCCUGAAUACAAGGUAUUAUGUUUGGGGCAAAUCCAACACAACACUGAGUACCACUCUUCAUAUUUUUAAGCAUGGUGGUAACUGCAUCAUGUUAUGGGUAUGCUUGUCAUUGGCAAGGACUAGGUAUUUUUUGGGAUUCAAAUAAACGGAAUAGAGAUAAGCACAGGCAAAAUCCUAGAGGAAAACCUGGUUCAGUCUGCUUUCCAGCAGACACUGGAAGACAAAUUCACCUUUCAGCAGGACAAUAACCUAAAACACAAGGCCAAAUAUACACUGGAGUUGCUUACCUAGAUGACAUUGAAUGUUCCUGAGUGGACUAGUUACAGUUUUGACUUAAAUCUGCUUGAAAAUCUAUAGCAAUGGCUGUCUAGCAAUGAUCAACAACCAACUUGAAGAAUUGUAAAAAUAAUAAUGUGCAAAUAUUGUACAAUCCAUGUGUACAAAGCUCUUAGACACUUACCCAGAAAGAGUCACAGCUGUAAUUGCUGCCAAAGGUGAUUCAAAUAUGUAUUGACUCAGGGGUGUGAAUACUUAUGUAAAUUAGAUAUAUGUAUUUUUUUUAAACAUUAUGGGGUUUUGUGUGUAGAUGGGUGAGAUUUUUUUAAAUAUUUAAUCAAUUUUGAAUUCAGGCUGUAACACAACAACAUGUGUAAUAAGUCAAGGGGUAUGAAUAUUUUCUGAAGGCACUGUAAUUCACAUUAGCAUUGACAGUCUUACUACACAGCUAAAAUGUACCUUUAACUGUCACAGUAGCAACUAGUCAGUAGGCUAAGCAUGCAAACUAUUCAACUAGCUAUGCAAGCAACUUUUCAUGCAUCUACCAUAUUACACUCUUGAUUAAUGCAACAAAACCAUAUUACACUCUUGAAAAAUGCAACAAUACACAAGCAUGUGCAGACUUUAAAUGUUUUAUUUUCUCAUCCAUACACUCAUUAAUUUAGCUGCAAGACAAUAACACAGCCAAAGUGGCACAAUAGCUAAUGUUAGCUAGCAACAUUUGCUUAAUCAAUUGCCAGAAGAUACCGACCCUACAGCCGUUACUCUUGUUUACACGGAGCUGCACUGAGGUCGGAAUGCAAUCAUGGUUACAUUAAGACACCGUGGAGUCAUAUGGGUCUUAAAACGUACCUCAAUGCAGGGAUGGGAUAUGCCACUGUACUCCAAAUCCACACUGCUCCAUCCAGAAGAUUGAAAUACUGAUAGUUUUCUGGGAAAACUGCCCUUUUCGUCCUCAUGCUAGCUAUCAGUAGCCACAGCAGCCAUUAUGAAAUGGCACAUUGCAUUGAACUACAAAGGAGCUGAUUGGCAGACACGACCAUUCCAAAAUGGCUGGGGUGGCUACUGAUAACUAGGGCAGUUAUUUGUAAAAACAAGCAUUAUUUUUAUCUUCAAUGGAGCAGUGUGGAUAAAGGUACAAUUUGGAGUACAGUGGCAUAUCCCAUCCCUGCAUUGAGGUACGUUUUGUAACCAUGUCUUAAUGUAACUGUCACGCACUUUGAGAGACGGGUCGGACCAAGGUGCAGCGUGAAAAGCGUACAUGUUUAUUAUAUAGAAUAAACAUACAAAACCACGUGACGUGAAAGUCCUAUGGGCUAUACAACAACCAGCCUACACGGAACAAGAUCCCACAAACAAGGACUGCAACCAGGCUACUUAAGUAUGAUCCCCAAUCAGAGACAACGAGCGACAGCUGCCUCUGAUUGGGAAUCAUACCCGGUCAAACAUAGAAGUAUAACAACUAGAAUCUAAACAUAGAUAUACAACAACCUAGAACUAAACAUGCACGCCCUGACCAAACUAACUAGAGUUCUAUAGGUCAGGGCGUGACAGUACCCCCCCCCCCCCCCCCCCCCUCCCCCCCUCCCAAAGGUGCGGACUCCGGCUGCACAAACCUGACUUAACAGGGGAGGGUCCGGGUGGGCUUCCAGCCUCGGUGGCGGCUCCGGGCGUGACGUCUUCUCUUUUACUGCCUCCAUGUUGCACCCCUGAACCGGUCUGGACCUCAAUGCGGAGCUUCCCCUCUCAGUCCUCCCAAAAUGCACCGAUCCCUGUCUGGACCCUGGUGUGAGAGACCCCGAACCUGGAGAGGGGCUGACGUCUGGACCCGGAGUGGAGCCGCUGACCGGAGCUGAACCGGAUCCCGGUGGAGCGGACUACUCUGGCUCCGGAGUGGAGCCGCUGACCGGAGCUGGACUAGGCACCGGUGGAGCGGACUACUCUGACUCCGGAGUGGAGUCGCUGACCCGAGCUGGACUGGGCACCGGUGGAGCAGACCGCUCUAGCUCCGGAGUGGAGCUGCUGACCGGAGCUGGACUGGGCACCGGUGGAACGGGCACGGGCCAUGCCGGACUGGGAACACGCACCACUGGCUUGGUGCGAGGAGCAGGGACGGGCCAUACUGGACUGGGAACACGCGCCACUGGCUUAGUGCGAGGAGCAGGGAGGGGCCGUACUGGACUGGGAACACGCACCACUGGCUUGGUGCAGGGAGCAGGUACGGGCCGUACCGGACUGGGAACACGCACCACUAGCUUGGUGCGAGACACAGGCACAAGGUGUACCGGACUGGGAACUGUCGUUAGAGAUCUCCGACUGUACCAGUCUUUUACUCUCCGCGCCCAGUCCUCCUCCAGUGAGGACUCCUCCUUGAGCCCCCCCGAGUGCAGUGGUUGGGGCUCUUCUCUCUCGAUCCCCUUUAGCCCCCCCCCCCCCCCCCCCCCCCCCUAUUUUCUUGGGGCUGCCUCUCGGGCUUCCUCCUCGGCCGGCGGUGUCACCGUUGCUCCUCUCCUACCCGGGCUUCCUCUGUCUGUUCCCAAGGACGGCAAUCCAACCCAGCCUGGAUCUCCUCCCAUGUCCAAGAUCCCUUACCAUCCAGGAUCUCCUCCCAUGUCCAGGAUAUCUGCUCCUGGCCAUGCUACUUGGUCCUCGUUUGGUGGGAUCUUCUGUCACGCACGUUGAGAGACGGGUCGGACCAAGGUGCAGCGUGAAAAGCAUACAUGUUUAUUAUAUAGAAUAUACAUACAAAACAACGUGACAUGAAAGUCCUAUGGGCUAUACAACAACCAGCCUACACGGAACAAGAUCCCACAAACAAGGACUGCAACCAGGCUACUUAAGUAUGAUCCCCAAUCAGAGACAACGAGCGACAGCUGCCUCUGAUUGGGAAUCAUACCCGGCCAAACAUAGAAGUAUAACAACUAGAAUCUAAACAUAGAUAUACAACAACCUAGAACUAAACAUGCACGCCCUGACCAAACUAACUAGAGUUCUAUAGGUCAGGGCGUGACAGUAACGAUGAUUGCGUUCCGACCUCGCAAUGUUCUGAGAUUCCCUUUUAGCUACAGCAUCAAUUUCAGAGUAACCGGCUUUUACUGCAAUCUCUGGUAAAACCUCAAUAAAAAAAUAUAAGAAAAAUGCCUAAACAUUUCAGCUGUUAAAAAAUAUUGCUCUGCUAUUACAAUUUUUACUGUAGGAGUGUUGGGCUCAACGAGACAAUUAUGUUUACACUGCCCUGCUUGGAGGGAGCCCACUGGGCACAGACGUCAAUUCAACGUCUAUUCCACAUUGGUUCAACGUGAUUUCAUUGAAAUGACGUGGAAACAACGUUGAUUCAACCAGUGUGUGCCCAGUGGGGGGCAACUGUCGGGUGAGCUUUCGAGACAUGACAUGUUUACAUUACAGUAAAAGGUAUUCUCAUUAUUAUUUUUGAUACUGCUCGACAAUCUCUUUCAACUCUCGUCAAGAUAAAAAGGGCCUCAGCCACUACUAAAGCUCUGCUACCAGACCCGAGCCUGAUGGGCCCCGACAUUAUACAUCGGGUUAGGGCCGGGUAGGGCCUGUUUUUUCAUCAAUAACUAGUGUAUGGGUAAGGCUUGGGGGUCACUAAAUUGAUCAUUAACAUUUUGAAGCUGAGCCAUUUGCUUUUGCUCUGCUGCGCAAUACAUAUCAUGGUGUCAGAAGUGCUUCAACCUCAUCAAAUAUAAGACCAGAACAUUGUCCGAGUCCACAGGAGAGAUUAUUUUACCAAAAAUAAUAAUGUUACUUGAGAGUUUUGUCGGAAUGACCAAAAGUAGCUAGUUUACAGCUAGCUGCUCUCUGUCCCGUCAUUGAGCAGAACUGCAAGCAGAGGCGUUACAAUGGAUACUUACACAAGGAGAGCCAUGCACAUAGUGCAUGCAGUGCAGGGAGCGAGUGACAGAAGAGCAGCUAAUGGCUCUAGAAGCCAAAACAGCCAAAUACUCAAUUUAAACAUGAAUCAAUUCUCAAUUAAGGUACGGUUCUAGAAACAUAAAUCCCUCUACUUUCACAUCACAUCAAAAUAAUUUCACAAACGCAAAAUACACACUUACUGUACACUUUUUUUACCGGUUUUAACAAAGUUGCAGCCGACAGUAUUUUUCAGUGACAACACGUUUGUGGCGUCUGUCUUCCAUUUACACACAGGUGUUUGGAGAAGCAUAUAGCUAAUUAGCACAGGUAAACCACUCUGUCUUCCGUCUGUUUUCCGUAAACAUGCGCUGUAACAUGGAAAUAUGGCCAUAUGGGAACCCUAACCCUAUAAAGGUGUGUUUAAAUGUAACCUUUUUUAAUUAUUAUUAUUUCUCGCCGAUAUGAAAGAUAAGGUCCUUAUGCUUCCAAAACCGUACCGCAAGCGAUGCGUGUUAAUGUUCAGACCGAGCGUCGUGGCUCUUAACAAAACUCCCCACUAAAGAAGACGCCUUCAUCCAAUGACUCUUAUGUGUAAUGUCAUGGAUCUGAGAGUAAUGAUAAAGGCUAUUGGUAGCUAGUACUAAUGGUAUUGGUAGUGGUUGUAGUAGACUGUAAAAAAAAAUUGGAAACACUUAUCUUCCUCUAUCUUUUUUACUACAAAGCAUAGAAACGCGCCAUUUUCACAUAUGUUGAUGUUGGGGUGGUGCUCGAGAUGAUGAAUAUGAAAUAUUCAUGAAACACACCAAUAAUCCCACUGCCAAUAGACUGCCGAUAGGUACUUUUCACAGUGGGAGGCCGUUCCUUCUCUUGCUAGAACAAAAGUGAUACUUGCUACGUGCCGACCCGGUAGCGACGAACCUAUCGUUUCUAUUUGAAGAAUCGCAAUGCUUGUCAGUGGACAACAACUUGACUUUGAGACAAUCAGAGAGCACGAACCCUGACUUGGGGGAGCCAACAGGGAAAAAGAGGGCAUUUUCUCCAAACAUCCACAGAUGACCCAGUCAUACUUCAUAUGCAAUGUAGGCUAUGGGAUGGUAGCUAGCUAAGUGCACAGACCCAAUGCACACAACACUAAAUACUUCCUCCAAGCUAGCUAACCACUGUAGCUAGUAUUGACAUUAUAAUUAAAUCACAAUGGAUUAGCUUGUUUCCAUGAAACAGCUGCCUGUGUUUGCUGCCGAGUUAGUGCAGUGUCCUUAGCUAGCUAGCUAUGAAUAUGCUAAAGUUAGCUAGCUAGCUAAACAUUUGUCAAUGUGCUGGCACUGGUAGUAUGGGAUUAUGGAGAGUGAAUUAAAUUGUUUCUUCGUCAUCUUGCUAGGUAAUUAUAAUUACUGUGGCCAUCUGUCUAGUAUCAACAAGGGCUUUCUACAAAAUAGCAACAUUAGCGCAGCUAGUUUGGAAUGUAGACCAUAAGCAACACACACGGACAUGCAUUGCCAAACAACGCUAUUGCCACCUUCUGGUUUGGAGUAUUUUAACAAGGCUGAGCGGCUGAUGACUUCCAAGGUCUUUGCUGUGUGAACACAAAAGAGAUUGACUGCCGACACUCUGUUCAGAGGUGCUAAAUACUGUUGGCAGGCAAACAUUUACAUUACAUUUACAUUUACAUCAUUUAGCAGACGCUCUUAUCCAGAGCGACUUACGUUUGACAAUCCUAUCGGAGUGUCUAAGCUUUUAGGCUUUUGGUAGCUAGUACUUCUGUUAUUGGUAGUGGGAGUAGUAGACUGUUAGGGCUCAGACACAGAAUUAGCGUUUGCUGGCUGACAGUACUUAGCACCUCUGAACGUCGUUUUACAUGUAGAAUUGUGUGAAAAUGUUUGGCAGUCAGACGUCUACAGCGGGUGGUCUCUAAAACACGGCGCGCUGAACAAUUGGCAGACAAACGCUAGAUCCACAUUCAGUGCGAUGUGUGCGAACCUUAAGGCUAUUGGUAGUUAGUACUAAUGGUAUUGGUAGUCAAGGUCAAAGCUAAAGGGUCAGAGUUUUAUUCCACCUCUCUAGCCACUGGGAGCCCUCUGUCCUCUAACCCAUAUCUUUCCCCCUCUUCUUUUAUUAGAUUAUUCCUUUAUGCCCUUUUCUCCUCUUUUUGAAGUCUUGCCACUCUUGUUAAACGCAGGCCCCAGUGUGAGAGAGGGGGCUGGAGGGGGAUCGAGGAGGAGGGGUGUGGGUGUGUAGAGGUCGACAUUUGGGCCAGCGCAGUUCUAUCCAUUCAAGGUGGCAGCUAGGACGGGGGCUGUGCGUGGCUUUGGAUUAUUGACCCCUCCAUUUUUUGUAAAAUAAAAAAAAUAAGGGGCAGGGUUGCGAGAGUCCAGCUGGUGGUGUGAAUGGCUGUCCAAGGUGACUGGAUCCCAAUAAAGAGGCGGUCAGCCUGGCCGGGGGCCUCCUUCCCAGCCCAGACACAGCCUUUAUAGGCUGGCUUACGAGCCUGGGCCUCUAUUAAACCCUGUCCAGCCUGCGCUGAGGAAUUUAGGGCCAGGAAACAAGAGAAAAACAGGGGGGUUCGGGAUGGGCACGGGGGAGGUGAAUUGGGGUGACUGAAGGUGAAAGUUCAAAGGCAUGUUAGAGGGGAUUGGUUUGGGGGCUUGGUCGGUGAAUGUGGCUAAAUGUAUGGGUAUAUGAGCUUUUUUUACCAUUUAUAAAUGUGUGUGUGUAUAUCUAUGCAAAUGUAUGCUGAUGUGUUUUGUGUGUGAAGUCAGGGUAAACACAGUGCAUUUGAAGCUAUAUUUAGUAGCUAGAUGGUGCAUAGACCUGAAAUGUUCAGUGGUGAAAAAGGUGAAUAGAAAUAGAGUUUUUCCAGACAUGGACAAAGGUUUCCCUCAUCUGGGCUCCAUCAGUGUCGCGUUGUCUCUUUGUGCGAAAAUGUUUGUCAGUGUGUGUGUGUGUGUGUAUAUUACGUUGUUUAUUUUGCUGGUAGCAGUUGAAUGACUUUGCCUGUGGCACAGCAAAUGGUGUUAUAUUGUGUUCCAUUUUCCCCCUGCGAGACAGAAGGGAGGGACAGAGGGAGACAGCAGAGUCUCAUAAACACCUUCAGUCUGUUUGUUCAAAUGUGGCUAGAGGUAUACAAGCAUGUCGGGUUGGGCAGGCAUUCAAAUAAAAAAGACACCCACACACCAUUUAGCAGUCAGUUAGAGGUAUGCUCCACCCCCACUACCCAGUAGUGGAGACGCCAAUCAAAUCUAAUCUGCCAAUCAGCAUUUUAUCAGUGUAGCCAUCUGGCCAUCAGCUAAUUGUGUCUCUUUCCCUCUUUUGUCAAUCAGUGCUGCCCCCCUGGUAGAGCUGAAGGGUUAGUGGGGGGUUGGGCUUUUUUAUUUUAUUUUAUUUUUUUGUCAUUUAGCAGACGCUCUUAUCCAGAGCCAUUUACAGGAGCAAUUAGGAUUAAGUGCCUUGCUCAAGGGCACAUCAACAGAUUUUUCACCUAGUCGGCUCGGGGAUUAGAACCAGCGACCUUUCGGUUACUGGCACAAGGCUCUUACCCACUAAGCUACCUGCCGCCCUGGCUUGUAUUGUACCUUCAAAGAUAUUUGUGGGCUUCAGAAAGAAAGAAAUGUGUUCAUGUUCAUCCUCUGACAUGCAGUGUACCUAUUAGCUGCAAUACGGAAAUGUGCAGUAAGAUAACGUCUGUCUUUUUUGUCCCCCUUCUUUCUUUCUUUCUUUCUUUCUUUCUUUCUUUCUUUCUUUCUUUCUUUCUUUCUUUCUUUCUUUCUUUCUUUCUUUCUUUCUUCUCUCUCUCUCUCUCUCUCUCUCUCUCUCUCUCUCUCGCUCUUUCUCUCUCUGAGCAGCAGUGGAGACCCAGAGCACCAGCUCUGAGGAGAUGGUGCCCAGUUCACCCUCUCCGCCCCCUCCUCCCCGCAUCUACAAGCCCUGUUUCGUGUGCCAGGACAAGUCCUCUGGCUACCACUACGGGGUCAGCUCCUGUGAGGGUUGCAAGGUGAGACACAUCAAAACAGAGAGACACAAUAUACCCAGUCAUAAGUGCCUUCAGAAAGUAUUAAUAGUAUUCAUACCCCUCCACAUUUUGAUGUGUUACAGUCUGAAUACAAAAUUGUUUUUUUUCCCCCUCAACCAUCUUCACACACUACCCCAUAAUGACAAAGUUAAAACAUGUUUUUAGAAAUGUUUGCAAAUUUAUUGAAAAUGAAAUGCAGAAAUGUCUAAUUUACAUAAGUAUUCACACCCCUUUGCUAUGACACUCCAAAUUGAGCUCAGGUGCAUCCAAUUUCCUUUGAUCAUCCUUGAGAUGUCGCGACAACUUGAUUGGAGCCCACCUGUGGCCAAUUUAAUUGUUUGGACAUGAUUUAGAAAGAAACACACCUGUCUAUAUAAGGUCCCACAGUUGACAGUGCAUGUCAGAGAAGCAGACGAACAGGAGUGCCGUUGGCGAGAUGAGGAAGAGCUAGCUGAGGUUGCAGGGGAAUGGGUUCAAGAAGAUGGCGGACAAGGGAAAAAGGAAGAAACUGGGACAUAUUAUGAAUAAAUAUGGAGUGAGGGAUGGUACAAACCUUCUGGAAGACUUGGUGAAGGAGAAGAUGGCGGACAAGGGAAACAGAAGAAAAGUGAAAUAUGUCCUGAGUGAAUAUGUAAUGGAGGACUGCACAGAACUUCUGGAAGAACUAGAGAAGGAAAUUGAACAUGACAAGAGUGAGGGUGAAUCAAUUGUGGUGGCAGGUUUAGUGAUGACAGCCGAGAAUGAGUUGUGUAGAGGGAAGUGGGGUGAUAAGGAAGGUUGGCGAAUCUGGUCCAGUGGGAGUGAGAUUGAUGGAGAGAGUGGAUCCUUGCAGUUUGGCUGAUGAGUGGAAGACAGUGAUAAGGGAAAAUGGAACAAAAAGGGCUAAAGUUGUUAAUGAGUAUAGGUUUUUGGUUGGAGUAAGGUUCACUAACAAUUAUGCUUUUUUGGGAGAUCCGUUUGAAGUAUCAAGGAUGGUAAGGGAUGCAUUGGGAAAGGUGAAGUCGAUCAGAGUGACCAGAAGUGGUUUUGUUUUGAUUUCUUGUGUAUCGAAAGAGCGGAAGGAAAAAACAUUAAGGAUCAACAAACUAUCGACUUAUGAAGUGGAGAGUUUUUAUUUUUGUAGCAGAGCACCAUUAAAAGGUGUCAUCUCUGGCGUCACGUUGGAUGUGGAGGCCUCGUGGUUUACGAGGAGCAUACCAGGAGUAGUUGGAGCACGCUGGCUAAACCGUGUAGUGGAUGGGGAAAAAGAAGAAAGCCUGUCGGUAUUAUUGAUGUUUGACGAAGAGCAUCUCCCUUCACAUGUGAAGAUGGGAUAUGUUAGAUAUGCAGUGAGAGCUUUUGUGUCGAAGCUGUUGUUUUGGCAGAAUUGCAAAAGGUAUGGACAUGUAUCAAGUGUGUGCCGAAGGAAUGUUGUUGAAGAAUCUGAGGGUGUACGAUGUUGUAAUUGUGAUGCAACCACGUUCCCAAUUCCCCGGAGUGCCCGGUUAGGGUAAAGGAGUACGAAGUGGCAAGGGUCAGAUCUAUACAGCAGGUCUCCUACACAGAGGCACGUGAAAUAGUUGAAGGAGCGAGGGGAGAUGAAGAUAUGGCGGUGGAUGCUCCGCAGACUGUGGAGAUUCAGAGUGUUGUUCAACAGUUGAGGGAAACUGAUAUGCUGAUUGUGGAGUGUAUGGUGUUUAUCAUGGAUGUGAUUAAAGCAUUUCACCAAUCUAGGCAUAUGGGAGAGUGGCCAGACAGAUGUCAUUCUUGAGAAAAAGGUACAUGACAGCACGCCUGGCGUUAGCAAAAAGGCAACUAAAAGACUCUGAAGAGCAUAAGGCAAAAGAUUCUGUGGUCAGAUGAGACCAAAAUGGAACUCUUUGUCCUGAAUACAAAGUGCUAUGUCUGGAGAAAACCAGGCUCAUCACCCGUCUAACACCAUCCCUACCGUGAAGCACGGUGGCGGCAGCAUCAUGCUAUGGGGAUGCUUUUCAGCGGCAAGGACUGGGAGACCGGUAAGGAUGGAAGGAACAAUGAAUGGAGUCAAAUACAUGCAAAUUCUUGAUGAGAACCUGCUUCAGAGUGCAAACGACCUUAGACUGGGGUGAAGAUUUACAUUCCAACAAGACAAUGACCCAAAGAUGUGCAAAGCUGAUACAGACAUACCCAAGACGACUCAAAGCUGUAAUCACCUCUAACGGUGCUUCUACAAAGCAUUGACUCAGUGGUGUAAAUAGUUGUGUAAGUGAGAUAUUUCUGUAUUUCAUUUUCAAUAAAUUUGCUAAAAUUUCUAAAACAUGUUUUCACUUUGUCAUUUAGGGUUAUUGUGUGUAGAGAUGGGUGAGGGGAAAAAUCUAUGUAAUCCAUUUUGAAUUCCGGGUGUAACACAACAAAAUGUGGAAUAAGUCAAGGGGUAUGAAUGAAAGGAUGUAUAACACAAGCAAAUACAUGACAUAUACAGAAAAUGCAUACACAAACAAACAAGCCAGAAAGUCAGACCGGGGCAAACAGACAGUCUUCCAUAUUUGUUUCCAUGCAGUUUUAUCCCUAUUCCGAGAGGUUCCACGAUGUAAAGACGCCUGUGCUGCCCUCUGGUGGAAUCUUUAUCUAAGAAUAAGGGCAUGGGCUGAAAUAACCUCCUGUGGCUAUGGAGUGAGACAUAUUCCAUCUAUGCUCCAGACAUAUGGCCUUGUGACCAUUAAGAAUGUUUUAAUGCCUGAUUUCUCUCUCUUUUACUCUCUCUUGGUCUGUCGGUUUCUCUCUGUCUCUCCCUCCCUCGGUCUCUCUCUCUCUCUCUCUCUCUCUCUCUCUCUCUCUCUCUCUCUCUCUCUCUCUCAGGGAUUCUUCCGGCGCAGUAUUCAAAAGAACAUGGUGUAUACCUGCCACCGAGACAAGAACUGUCAGAUCAACAAGGUGACCCGUAACCGCUGUCAGUACUGCCGGCUGCAGAAGUGCUUUGAGGUCGGCAUGUCCAAAGAAGGUGAGUGCCAUUUUUGUCCAGUUUGCCUGCUGGGUAUGUUGUGCUCAAAUGUAAAGGUGUGAGGAGAUCAGAGACUGUUUGAAUACAGAGAGGUUGUGAGAGUGAUUGGGUGGCAAAUCAUUUGUAAAGGGAUCUCACUACAGUUUAUGUCUGUAAGUGUGUGUAUUGGGAUAGCUAUGGAUUACACUGAAAUCACAAUAUGGCCCCUCUAUAAGUGGAAAUUCUGAGAGGAAGGAACGAGUGGUAAGGGGUGAGUGGGAAGGGGUGAAGCAUGAGGGAUGUGUUUCUCUGUCAUUCGUCAACGAAAGACAACAACAAACACCACCAAUCCACCACUUUCCCUUACUCUCUCACUUAUCCUCGCUCCCUCUUUUUCUCCACCAUGCAGCGGUGCGUAACGACCGGAACAAGAAGAAGAAAGAUGUGAAGGAGGAGGUGGUAUUGCUGGAGAGCUACGAGCUCAGUGGAGAACUGGAGGAGCUAGUCAACAAAGUCAGCAAGGCCCACAAAGACACCUUUCCCUCACUCGUCCAGCUGGGCAAAUACACGACAGUAAGUCAAACACACACACACACACAUACACACACAUACACACACACACACCUCAGCCCUCUCUCUCCUGUUCCAGAACUCCAGUUCAGACCACCGUGUACAGUUGGACCUGGGGCUGUGGGAUAAGUUCAGUGAACUCUCCACCAAGUGCAUCAUCAAGAUAGUGGAGUUUGCCAAGCGCCUGCCAGGCUUCACCACCCUCACAAUUGCUGACCAGAUCACUCUCCUCAAAUCAGCCUGUCUGGACAUACUGGUACCUAAACACCUCUCUCCCUCCACCUACACUCUGUCUGUACUCCUCUCUGCCUCACUGCUCUCUCCCUCCACCUUCACUCUUCUCUCCCUCACUACAACCUAUCUACUCAUCUCUCUCCCUCACAAUGCUCUAUCCAUACUCCUCUUUCCCUUAACACACUAUCCACAUGUCACUGUCCUCAAUCCUUUGUCACUCCCUACACUUUACAAUCCCCCUCUUCCUCACCCUCCCUUUUCAUCAUCCUUGUUGUCAUUAUUCCCCUAACCUCUCCAUCCUCUCCUCUCCUCCCCUCCUCUCAGAUGCUGAGGAUCUGCACUCGCUACACUCCGGAGCAGGACACAAUGACCUUCUCCGACGGGCUGACCCUGAACCGGACCCAGAUGCACAACGCAGGCUUCGGCCCUCUCACAGAACUGGUGUUUGCCUUCGCUGGCCAGCUGCUGCCUCUGGAGAUGGACGACACAGAGACCGGCCUGCUCAGCGCCAUCUGCCUGAUCUGCGGAGGUACUGCUGUUAGUGUGUGUGUGUGUGUGUCUGUGUACACGCACAGGUGUGUCUCAAUCAGGGCUCUAAAGUGCAACCAUUUUGGUGGCAUAUGCUCCUAACCAUUUUGCUGUGAGACCUGGAAUUUUUAUUUGGGAGAACCGAUGCAUCUAGAUAAUUGUUGUAAGGAUUAGGCUUCGCUCUACCGUUGUUUCUGAGUGCCCUAGAGAAAAAUGCGAGCGCAUAUUCGUUAGCAUCAUGGUUGUACCAUUACUACAGCGAAAACAGCUUGUUUCUUCGCAUUUUACAUUCAUUUGUUUACACUUUGUUCAGCCCUGUUACCUCAUUAGCUAGCUAGCUGGCUAGCUAACAACCUGGUAACUUUACUAAUAGGCUAUAUCCGAACAUUUGUGGGCACAGAAAUAAAGUUACAUGGAUAGCUUCUUCAGGAGAUCAGUGAUCAUAGCAAUGAAUGAAUGACUAAUCUCUUGCAUGUUGCCACUCACAAACAAUGUUCUAAAAGAGACAGUGUACAAUUUCACUUUUACACAAUUUAGAAACCUAAUAUUCUACAAACAACUUUGUAAUUUCAAUGACAGGUAUUUGUAUCAACAUUUUAGCGUUUUAUAAUACACAUUUAUUUACAGGGUUACAUAUUAGUUUCUAGAGAACAAUAUCAGAAGUAGCUAGAACACAGUACAUACAGGCCAAAUAUAGGCUAUAUCUCAAUCGGUGCUCCUAAAUGUUAUGUUGUGCUCCAAACUUUUAUAAGUUGGGAGCACCAGUGCUACCAAUUACUAAUUUGAAUUUAGAGCCCUGGCUCAAUAUACUAAGUACAAUACACUUAGCAGACUCUUGCCUCUUCUCUUUGUGUUCCUGUCUUUUCUUUCCUUCUCCCUGACCCUAUGUCAUUGGCUGCUAACUCUUUCAUACCCAUCAUUGGCUCUCCCCCUUCCUGACCCUGUGUGAUUGGCUCUCUCCCUCAGACCGUAUGGACCUGGAGGAGCCCCAGAAGGUGGACAAGCUACAGGAGCCCCUCCUGGAGGCCCUGAAGAUCUACGCCCGCCGCAGACGCCCCAACAAGCCCCACAUGUUCCCCCGCAUGCUGAUGAAGGUCACUGACCUCAGGGGCAUCAGCACCAAGGGUCAGUACAGAUAA